GGGGCGGCGGGCGCCGCACUCGCUGAGGCCCGACGCAGGGCCGGGCGCGCCCAGGGCCGGAGCGCAGCGACCGAGCGGCCCGGAGCGGAGGCGACGCCGGGGCCACGCGCGAGGAGCAGGUGGCGGCGGCUGCAGGCCUUGAAGUUAGAAACCUCCAAGGACGAUUCUCCCGCUCCCUGCUGACCCUGGGCCUCGGAAGCUUUUCCUGAGGCGGCUUGUAAUGACAUGUGAGUGGUGCAAGCUUCAGGAGUCAUGCUGCCGCACGUCACACAUGACGGCGAUUCUCAGUGAAGGACCCUGCACUCGCUACUGAGCUGUGGCCAUGGGCCUGCUCGCCUUCCUGAAGACCCAGUUCGUCGUGCACCUCCUCAUCGGCUUCGUCUUCGUGGUGAGCGGGCUGGUCAUCAACUCCAUCCAGCUCUGCACGCUGGUCCUCUGGCCCGUCAACAAGCAGCUGUACCGCCGGCUGAACUGCCGCCUCGCCUACUCGCUCUGGAGCCAGCUGGUCAUGCUCCUGGAGUGGUGGUCGUGCACGGAGUGCACCCUGUUCACCGACCAGGCCACGGUGGACAGCUUUGGAAAGGAGCACGCAGUCAUCAUCCUCAACCACAACUUUGAAAUCGACUUCCUCUGUGGGUGGACCAUGUGCGAGCGCUUCGGUGUGCUGGGGAGUUCCAAAGUCCUGGCGAAAAGGGAACUGCUCUACGUGCCCCUCAUUGGCUGGACGUGGUACUUUCUGGAGAUUGUGUUCUGCAAACGGAAGUGGGAGGAAGACCGGGACACCGUCAUCAAAGGCCUGAAGUCCUUGGCCAACUACCCCGAAUACAUGUGGUUCCUCCUGUACUGUGAGGGCACACGCUUCACGGAGAAGAAGCACCGCGUCAGCAUGGAGGUGGCCGCUUCCAAGGGGCUGCCCGUCCUCAAGUACCACCUGCUGCCUCGGACCAAAGGCUUCACCACCGCGGUCCAGUGCCUCCGCGGGACAGUCACAGCUGUGUACGACGUCACGCUGAAUUUCCGAGGAAACAAGAACCCGUCUCUGCUGGGGAUCCUCUAUGGGAAGAAGUACGAGGCGGACAUGUGUGUCAGGAGAUUUCCUCUGGAAGAGAUUCCACUGGAUGAGAAGGAAGCAGCUCAGUGGCUUCAUAAACUGUACCAGGAGAAGGAUGCACUGCAGGAGAUAUAUAACCAGAAGGGUGUGUUUCCGGGGCAGCAGUUCAAGCCCGCCCGCCGGCCGUGGACGCUCCUCAACUUCCUCUCCUGGGCCACGCUCCUCCUGUCUCCUCUCUUCAGUUUCGUCUUGGGCGUCUUUGCCAGUGGAUCCCCCCUCCUGAUCCUGACGUUCCUGGGGUUUGUCGGGGCAGCUUCCUUUGGAGUCCGCCGACUAAUAGGAGUGACUGAAAUAGAAAAAGGCUCCAGCUAUGGAAACCAAGAAUUUAAGAAAAAGGAAUAAUUAAUGGCUGUGAUUGAACACACAUAACCUGACGGUGGUAUCCAAUUAACUCAAUUAAAAACAACAACACAUCUAGAGCGGGAAAAAAAGACACUUAGAAACUAUUUUUCUUAUUAACUGGUGACUAAUAUUGACCAAUAAAACUUGAGCCAAGAGUAAAGCGGUCGGCAGACCUGCAGAUGGAGACGCCAGCCUCGCCCCUGCGCAGGAGAGCCAGGCUGGGCGCCUGCUCUGGGGGGCGGCCGCUCCCGUCCCCCAGGGAUACGGGGGCUCACCUGGCCCGAGGGAGGCUUUGGAAACGUUCUCUUCUCGCGCUUAGAUCCCGUUUUCGGUUUUUAUCAAUUUUCUUGGGAAUUUCCCCCGGCCCUCGCCUCUUCCCCUGCACCCCCUGCGGACUCUCCACCCUGCUCCCGCUGAGAACUGUGUGCCUGGGUCCCCAGGCCCCCAGAGCACCUACAGGCCGCUACCAGCCCGCACCCGGCCUCCGGGCGGCGGGGACGUGGCCUGGCGAAAAGCACACUGGGCGGGGCUGCGACGGGACACGCCCCCUCCCCCAGGAGCGCCUACCUAAACCUGCCUGCUGACACCUUGAAUCCGUUUUAAAGCGAGUGGAGCCAGCGAAAACGUGGUGAGAUGUCGAAUUCUGCCCAUGCCCGGAGCUUAGCUCCGGUCCCCCUUGCUCCCGGCGGACAGCGGCCUUUUCAUCCCACCGGGGGCAGGGCCGCAGGGGGCCGGCCCCCCACCCCCGGCAGGGCCGGUGCGCCAGGGGCGCUAUGCAGGGCUGGCAGGUACUUUGAAAAGGCGGUGCAACAUCACCCUGUCUUCUAAAGGUGAUUGGAGACUGUUCACUCGGAGCUUUUUAGAGGUUUUGUUUUCACAGUUGACCUGGUGGAAACCAGAGGUGGGGAGCCUUCCCCACUCCGUCACCUCCCUUCCAAGCAGGUGCGUGUGUCCUGGAGAAUGCUGGCCUUUUGGGGGAGGCAGGGGAGUCCCUAGUGUCCAGGCAGCAUCCUCUCCAGCCUGCAGCCAAAGGGAGGUGUUUCGUGCACUCUCGGGCCUCUUGGCCUGGCGGGGCUGGAAGCCUUGGGGUUGCCCAGCAGGGUGGGCGUGGGCCGCCCCUUCAGCUUCGCCACCCGCCUGCAUCCGACUUUCUUCUUAAACUUUCAACUUGCUUUUUUAAAGUCACACUCCCCUCAUCUUUUUUAGCAAGGGAAAGAAAAAAAUGGGUGUUAUCUCUGCUGUCCUGUAACCAGCAUUCAGAAUAGAGGCAGGUUGAAUUUUCUAGGGGGGAAAAAAACAAAAGAAGAAUGGGCAAAAUUAUAAACCAAACUGGAAAAAAUAAUUAUGCAUUGGCCCUAAGUCUGAAUUCUGGGGAGACCUGUGGAAACAGCAGAUUGCCUUUACAGGGAUACUAUUGAAUUCUGGGUCGGUGACCUUGGUGAUGGCACUGCUCGCUCACAGUGACUGUGAAGGCACACACGUCCUCUCAAGGCUGGGCACUGAGACAGAGUGGAAGGCAGCUACCCUCUGCCACAAAGCUUGCCUCCCGCUUCCCUUCAGGCGUGGAGCCUGACACGCAGUAAGGCCACUUCCACUUGGGUGAGCGGCUCCCUUAGAUCUUGUUUUUCUUCACACAACAUGCUGCUCACCUGUGUGUGUGUGUGUGUGUGUGUGAUUUGCUAAUCCACUCAUCCCUGAAGAGCUUAAAGAAAGAAGUUGAAGGGCACUACUGUGAAGCUACAUUACCUGGAAAGUGCAAAUUUAGAUCUUUUACCAUUUAAUUAAUAGUUCUUGCUUCCCAGCUAAGUUCCCUCCCCUUGAAACUGAUACACAAUAUGUCAAUUCUAUACUGAGUCAGUAACCACCUGUGAAGACUCCUGGGUGAAUGGAGAUUGAGACCAUGUGUAGGUUUUAAAUCUCAGUGACUUCCUUCUGAUUUAACGAAGAUUAGCUUGUGCAUUUGAAUACCAAGCCCUUUGAGAGCAAUAAAAAUUACACCAUGAAUGUUUGCUUUUUUUUUUUUUUGGAGGGGUGGAUCUUGCUUUUCAUCCACUUCAGAGGGAAGAGGGGGAGGCUCCUUUAGUUUUUCUAAAUUAAUAAAUCUCAGAACAGUGCUUUUCUUAUUUAUUUUCCUUUAACUCCUUUGUUACUGAUGUUCUCAUUGUCCCAAAUCAGGCUGAGUGUUGGGACGGUCCUCCUGGUCACAACCAGGGAGGGUGUACUCCAAAUUCAACACACGUGGCCCCAGGUUGGGUCGGGUGGGACCAGGAAUCCACGGCGUUGGCUGACCGCUCUGCCAGGGGAGGGGUUUGCUGAGCCUCUGGGGGUGUAGCUCUGUUGCUGCAGCAGCUUCCAGAGCCAGCCCCACUCCCGCUGGAGAGAGGAAAGGCAGCAGCUCCAGGCCUUGGGUCCCUCCCACGGGUGCCCUCUGAAGGCCAAGUUCUGAGUCCAGGCCGCUGGAUGGUGUAUUUCUCAGCUCAGGCCCCGGCGGCCUGGACUCAGAACUCGGCACACGUGUCCUGGUGCCGCCUGGCAAGUAGAGUCUGGGUCCUGGGCCCUCCUUGUGUGUCCAGCUGUCCCUCUGGGGGGCUCCAGGGGCUUCUAGGGUGCCUGCAGCACUGUGACCUUGUGACAGGCACCCCUCAAGGUCCUGUGACAGCCCUGGAGCAGGUGAGCAGAUGCUGGGGAAAGGCUUACCUGCUCAGGGACUUUUAACCCCAAAGAAGUGACCCUGGUCAUCAGCUCCUUGGUGACAGUGUGCUGGGUGCACAGCCCUGUCUGAGCCACAGCCCCUCGCUGAGCAGCAGAGUCAGAUUGAAGAGAUGGUCUCUGUAUGAACUGCUCAGUCAUGACUUGAAUCAGCGACAUGAGUAGUACUUGCUUGUGAAGGUGACGCAGGCGUGACCGCCUGCCAGGGGAGCUUGGAGUCUCCGCCUUGUUCGCCCGGUCACCCCCGACCCCUGUGUGCGCCAUGGCCUGAGCUGUUUCUCACUCUAACUCAGUUGCUGAGCACCGCCGUCCACCUGCAGAAGAGUGGUGCACGCAGUUACGUACAGGUCAGGUGCUGUCUCCAAGCUGUCCACACCCGUGUGACCCCCGUUCGUGUCAGGUUUGAAGAACAAGUCCCCCUGCACGUUGCUUUGUCUCUGCCUGAGACACCUAGAGACAAGCCACAUAGAGUCUUCGGAGCCCGGCUGAUUUUCAGCUGAGCUGACCGACCCUUGUGUACUGUGCGCUGUGAGUUUCUCACCACAGCUGCACGCAGCCCUGGCAUGCACCGUGGCAUGCAGCCCUGGCAUGCAUGGCAGGUAGUGGUGCCUUGUGGUUUCCCCUGGCAGUGUAACCAGGCUUAGGGGUUAAAACCAUCAGCCCAACGUGCCCACCUGCUUCCCUCUCAAGACAGCAUGUCCCCCCUCCACGUGCCUGCCCCUUUCUAACAAGUUAUCUCCCAAGCAAAGGCAAGCCUCUCCCCAGUGCCCUUGGGGCCAGCCACACCCCUGACACCCCCGGACUUGUCCUGGGCCGUGAGUGGUGCUGCAGGCAGGCAGACUUUCCUGUGGGUUCCACAUCCUUGCAUGUCAGGGCCAGGACACAAAUACGCUGGGACCUUUUUUGGGUAGGUGAUGUCACACUGCAUUCUGCUUGAUGCAGGGGUGGACAUGCAUGAGUUGAGUUCACCCCCAGCACUGGCUACUAGCUAAUUCAGUGCAAUAGAGGCAUUACCACAAACGUACGGGAAGGAAAUAAGAGCCCUCGGGGGAACCCAGGAACUCAGGGCAGUUGACUCCAGUCAGGCUGGCGGCAGCCGCACCCUCCUUUCAAAGACAAUUGAAUUGCUUUAAAAUUUGAAGCUUUGUGAUGACAAGUUUACUUGGAGUUUUCUUUUCCUAUAAACUCUUCAGUUUCUUAACUUUUUGUUUGCAAAAGUAUUUAGGACAGAAGUUGAACUGUGAAUGAGAUACUGAAAUGCACUAAAUUGUGUUAAACUGGAGUUACUUGAUGCCAUGAAGAAAUGCAUCUGAUCUGCUUGUAUUUAUUGUCUCAGAAUUGUAUGUGGUGACAAUCAAAUGUUACUUGCCUACAUACCAGGAAAUUCAACUGGCUUCUGAAUCAUAAUGAUCGUCAGCAAGUACUGUAACUGUAAAUGAAAAUCUCUCUCUUUGGAAAACAACACAAUCCAUCGACCGAAACGUGUGGGACAGAUGUCAGCGUUCUUUUUCCAUUAUUGAUCCUCUGCCGUACCUGACCGUUGGCCAGCUUCAAAGGGUGAUAAAUUGUAUACAGGGUGCAAAUGUAUUAUAUGAAUGCUUCCUUUUGUACACUUCGUUUUUACAAUUUUGCUACAGCUUUGUGUAGUGGAGGAGAGUGGGUAUUUUUGGUCUAUGGGAGCCUGUCGGGGGUGGGGGGUGGGGGUGGGAGCUAACUUCGACUCUAAACGUCUGUAUCCCGCGAGAACUGGCUGCACUUGCCGUGUGCUGCAAAGAUCGCUUUGUACUCGGGUGUGCUCCAGCCUGCCUGAAUGGCAGUAUUUUCUAGAUAGAAUGCUGUGGGUGUCAUGCUUGUUUAUUAAAAAUUGCUGCUGUGAAAGAGAGGGAUAAAAUAUCCAAACUAUGAGACAGUGACUGCCUGCCUCCUCCUGUUUCUGUGCUGCUGGCCCGCGGAGGGUUUUCCCUGGGCACUUCCUGGCCCUUGGGUUCCCUGCCUGCAGGCACCCUGAGGCUUGGACUGUUUCUCGAGACCAUCCUGUGAUGACACUCUCUGAGCCUCCCCCUCUUGUGAAAGUUGCUUUUGGAAGGGAACUCAGGCAGAGCGAUGGUCAGGCGAAAGCAAGGCAGAAAGAUCAGCUGGUGCCUAAAGCAUGCUCACUGACCCCUCUGCCUAAAAACCAGUCUGAAAAGCCAUCUAGGACAAAAGGGUUUCCAAAGUAGGCAUGUAUAUAUCAAAAACUAUUUUUUUGUAAAAGCAAAUUCACUCUGUGGAGAAAACCCAGGAACCCUUCUUUAUAAAGAAAAAAACUCUUGUCAGAACCAAGAGCUAUUCCAGGGUCUGAUUUGUCUGUCUUGUGAAAAUAAAUUGAGCUAAAAGA